CUUGUUUCGUGGCAGCACAGAUGCCUCCUUGGCCUCUCUUUCUCUCUCUCCCUCUCCGUCUUUCUCCUGCCUUGAUCAAAGUUCUACGGUGAGAGAGAGAGGGGGGGAGGAUAGAGGAGAGUGAGCGUGUGCGUGAGUGAAAGAAGUACAUCUUGAGCGCCUCCCCACCCCCUCUGGUAUAUCCUACUGUGUCCCAGAGGAGAGAAAAUGAACCGGAUGUUAUGGAUAGGGAAUGGGAAAAUCCGCCCGGUCCAGUGCCCAUCAUCGGCGUUCCAUGCAGGCUGUGUGGGAAAUGUGCGUGAAAAAUCCCUCGUGACGUGACCAGGUGACCUGUGAAGCCGAUCCCCAAUGAUCCCUUCCCAUCAAAAACCUCUGAAUGGCGGGAGGUUCGAUUUCGACGAUGGUGGGACAUAUUGUGGAGGAUGGGAAGACGGGAAAGCACACGGGCAUGGAGUAUGUACAGGCCCUAAAGGCCAAGGGGAAUAUUCCGGAUCGUGGCAUUUCGGCUUCGAAGUCUCCGGUGUUUACACGUGGCCCAGCGGAGCAUCAUACGAGGGUCAAUGGCAGAAUGGGAAGCGACACGGUUUAGGAGUGGAAACGCGUGGGAGAUGGACAUACAAAGGGGAAUGGACUCAGGGCUACAAAGGCCGUUACGGAGUUCGUCACAGCCUCACGUCCAAUGCCAAAUAUGAAGGAACGUGGGCUAAUGGACUCCAAGACGGCUACGGCUCGGAAACGUACGCCGAUGGAGGAACUUACCAGGGUCAAUGGAUGAGGGGAAUGAGACACGGCUACGGAGUAAGAACAAGUGCCCCGUAUGGGUCAGCUUCUCAUCUCAGGCCUCGAGGCACGAGAGCAUCUUUGACGUCAUUGCGGGGUUCAGAGACAGCAGGAGGUGGGGGUACAGGUGGUACGAGUGGCGGAGGCACCGGGGGCUCAUUAGCACCAGGAUCUAGUUCUACUAACGUUCCUUCUCCCGAAUCGGACAACGAAAGGAGAGAUCGAAGGAUCGAUGAUGCUCGUGGUGGAUUCGUCCUCAAGGCCAGGUCUGACGAACCUCGAGAACGCCGAAGAGGAUCUCUCGUCGAAACAUCCAGCAACUUUAAAAAAAAUAUCCUCCGGAGGUUGAGGAAGCAGAGAAGUACGGGGGACUUGGAUAAGAGGGGCACGGGUUCCAGUCUUCGAUCGACGUCAUCGACGAAAUCUUCGGCUUCGUCCACAGAAUCAGCGACAUCAGCCUUGACCCAUGACCUCGGAGGUCAUACGGACUCGAAUGCCUCCUUCGUCACUCAGGACGAGCACGUGGAGCCUCAGGUGACGGAGACGUACAUGGGGGAAUGGAAGGAUGACAAAAGAUGUGGCUUUGGAGUGAGUGAGAGAAGUGAUGGACUGAAAUAUGAGGGAGAAUGGUACAAUAACAAGAAAUAUGGAUAUGGAGUCACGGCAUUCAAAGAUGGCACAAAAGAGGAAGGGAAAUACAAGAACAACGUCCUAAUUACUUCCCAAAAGAAGAAGCAUCUCUUUCUCAUCCGAUCCGCAAAAUUCCGUGAAAGAAUUGAACAAGCCGUGAGCGCUGCUGCCAGGGCCUCCAAGAUUGCUCUCCAGAAAGCUGAUAUCGCCAUUUCCAGGACAGCGACGGCCAGAGGUAAGGCAGAGCAAGCCGACAUAGCAGCCCUUCAUGCGAGGGAAGACUCCGAAGUCGCUGUCGUGUGUGCCAAGCAGUUCUCUCCCGAAUCUCGACCUCCCGGUUCCACCUCCACUGCAGGAAGCAAGCCGACGCUAAUGCCUCCUGCUAUUCGAACAGUGCCGACAGACAUAGGUCGGUUAGGGACCGCCGAAGGAAAAGAGAAUCAAAUUCCAUUUCAUCCCGGGCCGAGUUCUACAGCGGCGACAACGAUAAGUGGCGGAGAUGAGAACCCUUCUUCGAAUGCUCGUAUUAACGUAGACACUGGAGGCGGUGGUGGACCUAGACGUGGCCUUGAACCUCCUCAAAUCCAUGUUGCAUCUGUGUUCGGGACUUCACCAGCGUUUCAAUCGGAUUUUGAAGUCCCUCAAUCCAGCUCGAACCGAAGCGGUCCGCUAGGUGAGAUUAGUCAUGGUCAUACGAAUUUCAUUCAGCAACAGCGAGGGACUCCUGGACUACCUCCAGUAGGAGAGACACGUGUGUCGCUUCAACAAACCAUGACAGAUCACCUGCGUCAGUAUCAACGUCCACCGAGCCGAGAUUCCUCAGUGGAUAGGUACAACCGUGGUUCAAGGAAGACUCCACCACAUACCGAUCAUGUGGGCCAUGCUGGUGACGAUCUGGAUUCUACGCACUCACGAACGAAUGUGAGACCCACACCAGUUACGUUGCACGGGGAUAUCCCUGGAGAAUCCGUAGGUUCCUUUGGAAGUGAUUGGGAAGCUCCCCCCACUCCUCCGACUGGAACCCCAAAGAGAACCGAAUCCCUUUAUAUCACUCCUGUCGCGAAGAAGCCACCACCUCCAAACCCGUCAGGAGGAGGGACGAAACGGCGGAAGAAGAGUUUGCCGGAGGCGCCACAAUUGCCCAAAGUAGCUGGGGCUCCCAUGUCCCGAGAAGAAAUAACCAAAAUGUCUCAUAUAAGAAGACAAGAAGUCAUCUCCCAGCGGGAACAAGAGGAACGAUUUCGGAAGAAUCCCUUCCUCUAUCUCGUCAGUCCAAACGUUCAGGUUGCAGUCCGGCUGACCAUAGCUGUGGCCAAAGGGGCAGGAAACAUAGUAGCACUUACAAUGCUACCAGUCAUGGCAGACCACAAGCGAGGGCCUUGUGGGCCACAUGCUGCCUGCACACUGAAUGAGAAGAUUGAUGUGACUGAUUUUGAGUUCUCCAUCAAAAGCAAAGGAGGAAGGUGCCCAGUUCGUAAGGACUUCCUCCUCACAGAUGAUGGUAUCCUCAUCAGUAGAUAUCGAUUGUUGGAGUCCUGUGAUGACAUUAUUCUGUCUGUGACACAUAGAGGAAAACAUCUUGAAGGAUCACCCUAUGAAAUCUCAGGUCCAGUGUAUAGUGAAGAAUGUGAUUGCCCUGUUGAAGACAUGCAAGCUUGGCUGGAAGCCAUGGGUUGUCAAGACUCUUAUCCUCAGAUGGAUAAAGAUCUAGACCCCUUCCCUAAAGUCAACUUGACUUGGGCCUUGGAGAAAAUCAUUGAAAAAUUCAAGCAUCCUGGAGCUCAGAGCUUCUGUCACUAUGUGCUCAAAGACAACAAGGUCUAUAGAAAAUGCUAUGGGGAACAUGUGGGCUUCCACAUUUUCAGCGAUGAUAUCCUGAUGUCCCUGAAACGCAAAGUUCAUCUUCCAGAUAUGGAAUUUGUCAUGAAUCUGGGAGACUGGCCACUUGUGGGUCAUUCUUGGUCUUCCCUGGUGCCAAUAUUCUCAUGGUGUGGAUCAAAAGAUUCAUCUGACAUUGUCCUUCCCACAUAUGAUCUCACAGAAGCUUCUUUGCAUAUGCUUGAACGGGUUACUCUUGACAUGCUGUCUGUACAAGCCAAAAAUCAUGUCCCUUGGCAUGAAAAAAUUCCCAAGGCUUUCUGGAGAGGGCGAGAUUCACGGAAAGAACGUCUAGAUCUUGUACGGCUUUCUCAGCAACACUGGGAUCUCCUUGAGGCAAACCUGACAAGGAUGUUCUUCUUCAGAGAGUUAGAAGAAGAAUUCUCCCCAUUUGCAUCUCAUGUUUCCUUCUUUGACUUUUUUAAUUACAAGUAUCAAGUUAGUCUGGAUGGUACAGUGGCUGCAUACCGACUUCCAUACUUGCUGGCUGGAAACAGUCUUCUUCUGAAACAGGAUUCCGAUUACUAUGAGUUCUUCUAUCAAGAACUUCAACCAUGGAUCCAUUAUGUCCCAUUCAAGAGUGAUCUGAGUGACUUGUUGGAAAAAAUCCUCUGGGCUAAAGAUCAUGAAGAUGAAGUGCAGCGUAUAAUAUCUCGUGCUAGAGCAUUUGCCCGAGAACACCUCCUCCCACAUCACAUCCUCUGCUAUCAUGCAGUGAUGCUUAAGGUCUGUGAUCUUUCAGAG